AACUUCACUUUAUGCAUUUGGCGUGACGUCACACAACAUCAUGGCGGCGUACAUGCUGAACACAAACACAGCACACUUUUACCCACGAAGAUAAGCAAUCGGAUAAUGACAAACGAUUCAAUUUGCGUUUAAACGGUCAAGUCAUCUAUGGUAAAGUCAAAUGAUGAACAAGAAAACUGACGACGAAAUAUGCCAAAUCCAAGAAAGCAUGACCCUAACACUGGCUCAAAUGACUUAAGUGAAAUCUGGAGUCAUGUUUCCACAUUUUCUCAAAAAAGGUUGAAAACAAACAAAUCGGGUAAAAGCCCGAAAUUGACACCCCAAUCUUCACCUUCUGUCAGGAAGUCACCACAUACUCGUUCUAAAGAUUUGCAGACCCCCAAACGACGAGCGAGGGGCAGAUACACGGGCUUAAACAACCCUGCUGAUUCCCCCGGCGAUGGAGAUGUUUUACAGGACAUCAUAUGGGACCCAGCAUCACCUACUCCUGCUGGAAGUGGGGAAGGGCCCAGCAACACCAGAGUUGUUGAGAUAUCAGACAUUGUCAAUCGGAUCGCUCCUAAGGAUGCCCAGCAUGUCUCUGUGGAUAGUCCUCUGCUCCAGUGGAUUGGGGACAGUGCUGUCCCCUGUACCCCAGAGGUACGCCCGCCCAAAGCAAGGAAGAAAUCCACUCGGAAAAGCUCAGUGGAGGACUUGAUGCAGCUGGCCAGGCAGUUUGACAUCAACAUGCACCAGCAGGACAGAGAGAGGAAGUGUGCUGAACACACAAACAAUACCAUAAUCAACAACCGGUACGGGGAGGAACCCAAGGGCCCGACGACAAUGUCGUCAUCAGCCCAGCAGGUAGAGGCGGAGCUUAACGCUCUGUUCGACGGGCCGACGCAGCGAGUCACCGGACGGCUCAGCCAAGGGUCGAACUCCUCCACCUGUUCUCAGGAGGUCAAGGUUCAAGUUGGGGUCAGCCAUCUCACUGCCGAUGACCUCGUCAAAGUGUCGGAAGUCAAGCCUGGCGGGGGAAGCACGUCUGGUUCAUCGGCUCGUACUGGUAAAGAGGAAGUAGGACAGUGGAACGCCACAACGACUGUGGCGAAAGACGAGGACUUUGACUGGGAGGAUGAUGACCUUCUCAAUGACCCUAUCGUGUUGGAGAUGACCCAGAAUCCUGAGGGGCUGAAAACGCUGUCCCCUAAACCCAGCAGCUCACUGACUCUGAGCACUGACAGAGACAACACACAGCUGCUAACAGAUACAGAAAAGACCCUACCACCCUCCUCUACUACCUCUAAUCCUAUCAGCCUGCCCUCUCACUCUGUCUGGAAGGGGACAAGCACACACCUUCAACCCUCAAACAGAGGUGGCCUCACUGAGCCAUGUCCUAAACCCAAGCCCACCAGCAGAAGCACUUUCCUGCUGGAGCCCAACCUUUGUUUCCAGGUGAAUAUGGCUCCGACAACCAAAGAAGCACCCAGACCGUCCCUCACUGUUGGAGAGGCCCAGCCUGAGAGACCCAGGCCCGGCUUGUCUGCGGCCGUGGGGACUAGGGGCCCCAGUAGAGACUCUGCUGAGGGGGUGAGCACGGCCACAACCUCACGUGGAACCACAGCCCCAGACUCCGCUUUCAAAGACAUCUCAGAGGAGGACCUCCAGUCCCUGUUUGACUCUGAGUCGCUGUGGAACGACGACGAAGGUGACGAUGACAAACUGCUGUAUCAGGUGUGUGACGACGUGGAGAGGAUCUCCAACAGUCAGCCGCUGUCCGAGGACGCCACCGCAACCACGGAUGCCACUGAGGUCCGCGUCCAGGAGAGCAAACCGAAAGCCCCUCCAACCGCCCCUCUGGCUACAGCGAGAGAGGGGUCUAUGACUAUGGAUAGGGCUGUAGGUGGUCCUAGCAGUAGACAGUCAACCACCUGCACGUCUGGCCGCUCAAACUCAGCACCAGGAGAUAGGAGCUGCACCCCUGUGCACUUUCAGGGAUGGAACAUUCCAGCGAAAGCAGGAAAUGUUUGGGUCGGACAUCAUACAGUCAUGUCCCAGAGCCAUCCAGGCAGCGCUGAGGGUCUGGGCAAGUUUACUCAGCUGAGGGGUGCUCCAGGCUGGGGAACAUUUGGCCUAGGAUCCCUUGGAGUUAGAACCUUCCAAGCAGAGAACUCAAAGUCUGUCAUGCCACGGACAGUGUCGGCGAGAACCCUCCCAAACUCAAAUUCCCAUCAUGCAUCAUCGUUCAAGAGACAUCUGUCGGACUCGGCCGCCAUCGGCAACAAAGUGUUUGUCAACAGUCAGAUGACAGGGAGAUGCACGGAGGAGGAGAUUGAGAGGAAGAAGCAGGAGGCCAUAGCCAGAAGAAGGACCAGGGAAACCUCCCUAAAAGCAGGGGGACUUCCUCUGUGACUAAGCAAUGGAACACUAGAUUAAUACACAGUUAACCAGAAUACCUAUAGAGUAGCUAUCCUAUGCUAGGUAGGUACCAUAAACAUUUCUCACGGUUUCUUCACAGAACACUGUCGGUGCUACUAGAACGGUGUUGCGUUACGGAGCUAUACUGCUUGCACACACACACACACACACACACACACACACACCCCCAGCGACCUUAUCUGGUCUUUACUGGAGAUGAAUUGGUUUCUGUUGUUUGAGAGCUGCUGCACUUUUUUAGUUGCUUAUAUUCUCACUGUUGUUGUUUCUGGAGGUCACUGAAAAGUUGAGUAGAAUAUACAGCAGAAACACUUUAUCUGGAGUCAUAGCAAGCAGUUGGCUUGUAAUGCCUUUACAGCACCUCAAAGGAGAUUGUCACCUUUUUUUUCUUUUUUUUACACGUUAGUCUGUUGACAUUCCAAGUAGAUAAUGAGUCAUCUUGAUGAGCAAUGAGGAGAUCUGUUCUACUGUCUUCCAACAGUAUCUUUCAGAUGAACUGUAGGACCAGAACUCACCUUGUUGCUGUAACUCAGCAACAUUAUAGUACAUUAUCUUUACACUGCAUGUGUUGACAUGUGCUAUAUUAGUACCUUGUGUUUUGCACCUUAUCCAGAAAUGACAAUAACACCAACACUAACCAGGUUUCCGUCCAAACUUCUUAUGUGAGUCGGGAAAGAAAAUGUCACCACAGACCUGAUGGAAACGGCAAAUUUGUCAGUAAACUUGUCCAAAUGUCGACAAAACAAUAUACGCUAGACAAGAUGGGAUAUUUUUGUUUCUGUAAAAUGCAUGCGAGACGCCUUUUAUGCUCAAAUAUUGAUAUAAUAGCCAUCAUGUCGACGUAAACUUUGAGUCACGCGAUGAUCCGUUGUGUGGCCCUCGCACUACGACUCCUAAAAGCAUGCAGUUUAUUAAGCUACGCAUUAAAGAAGUUCUGAUUACCUUCACAGGGUGGUGAAAGUCUGUGAUGAUGCUCCUUUCCAUUAAAUAUCAAGAGCCUUAUUCUGGUGACGUGAUGAUCGAUGCUUGGCUGCCGUUUGACAAAUAAGUAAGAAUCUGUCUCUUUUGUCCGUAAUAAUCUCAUCCUGUAGGCUAUAGGCAUCUGUGAGCUGUUGGCUGGAGCACGUGUGUCAAAACCAAAGUGGGCACAUUUGCUAUAUAACGCAACAUUUGUAGUGACAAAGCCAUCAGCAGAGUUGAAAAUCUUACCUUUGUUUAACUAGGCAAGUCCAGAACAAAUUAUUAUUUACAAUGACGGCCUGGAUUCGAACCAGGGACUGUAGUGACUCCCCUUGCACUGAGAAGUAGUGUCUCAGACCACUACGCCACUCGGGAGCCCAUUUAACAAAUGUUUUAUUUUAUUCAGUGUGUGAGAAUUUAACGGCAAAAGUCAUUUUUAUGUGCGCUAAGUCAUCGCACACAGCCUUUUAUCCAGUUCUUCUGAUUUUUGAAUAUUCCCAUAAAAACCUGUCGCCGAUUCGAAGGAAACUUAGCUAAAAAGCUUUAAAUAAAGGUUGAAAUCCUGGCUUGUCACUUGGUGGUGUAAAAUACAGGGCCCUAGGGAUAAUACUAUGAGGAAGAGGUUCUGUAUCUACUUCUGUUAUCUCAAUGGCUCCAUUGUAUCAGUCAUGUCUCAUUGACCUUAGAGACAGGUUAUGACUUGGAGAGAGGUAGAGCUGUGCAUCUCCAUCAGAUUUGUUUUUAGUGUCUUUAUCUAUCUACCAGAGGUGACCAGUUAUACCUAAAAACUACUGUGUUGACCAAAACCACCUGGCAUAUACUGUUUCAUCAAAAUACAUCAAAAGGUUCUUUCACAUUUUGUAAUCAAAGAUGAUCAAAGCAGUGUUUUUAGAGACUGCAGCUCGGCUAUGAAUCAAGACAGUGUUAUGUUGAAGUACUCUUGCAACUUUAUUAAAACCCAAUGUGUUAGAAAAGAAAGUUGGUUUUCCUUUCAUUUUUACUUGAGUAUGUCACUACUGACUAGAUUUGACUUUUUCACCAUCUUGUUUUUUUUUAAUGCAUUUUAAGUUUCUUUACGUUGUUAUAGUUAUUUUGUUUUUAUUUCUUACGGUGGUCCAUAUUUGCACAGGUCACAGUGGUAUGAACAGAAAGACCACAGUAUCAUGCCACUUAUGCAAUAUUACUAGAUGUGUUAUUCAUUCUGAGUCAAAACCACCAUUAAACUAUCAUCAAAACAUG